GUACAAGUCUGUGUGCGGAUGUGCCCCGGCGAGGACUGGAUUGUACGAGUCUUGUCGUAACUCGAAGACGGCAGGAACCCCCAGCGAUUCGCCUUCCAUGUCCGUAACCUAUGUGCUUUCCAUGCACCUAACAGUUAGUACUCCAUCUCAUAGACAUGCCGAUGAGCUCUAAGCAACGGGACUUUUUUUGUUACCCCGGUGUGGGGCAGCACGACUUAGCUUUAUAAUUACUUACACCGAACAUUAGACCAAUAAUAAGAUAUAUUUUUUACAAUGGCUUAUGAUGCGCAAGGUGGAGAUGCUGACUUCGAUGUCUCACCUCUUCAGAAGGCGUUCCUCACCCUAGCAGCAAAGGUCGACCAAUGCGCAAGGGAGAACGCGGCGCUAAGGGCGGAGGUAACGGAGCUGCGGGUAGCAAAGCGGCUGGAGGCCCUAGAGCAGGGGCUGCAGGAACUUGCGGAGAGCUCGCGACCCCCGGGCCUCUUUUGGAACCAGCAGGGUGGCAAUGGCGGACGGGAGGAGGGUCACAGCAGCGGCGGCGGCGCAACCCUGAACCGCGGGGACUCCACGGGCAGUGCCUCCGUCCGCUCCCCGCCCCCCGCAUCGCCCUCCGCACCCACACCCCCACGCUCCUCCGCCGCCUCCACGACAGCCACGUCCGCAGCAGGGGCGGCGGCAGCAGCAGCCGCAGCGGCGGCAGCGCGAGCCAUGGCUGGCAGCGUGGGUCCCGGCGGCUUGCCGACAGUGCACAGCGGCGGCAGCGGUACGGCAUCUGGCGGUGUCGGCGGCAGCGGCGGUGGCGCUGUUGGCGGGCUGAUGCAGUCUCCGCUGGCGUCGCUGGGCGGUGUGAUGAUGGGUCUGGGCGGCUCGCUGAGCGGCGCGAUGGCAGCGGGCGGCAGCGGCGACAUGGGCUGGGUGGUGCAGGAGGUGGUCUCCCUCAGAGACCGGCUGAACGCCAUGGAGCGCAAGGCGGAGGCGCUGUGGCACGCGCAGGAGGACGACGAGCAGCUGCGCUCGGCGGUGGAGCGGCUGCGGCAGGACAUUCUGGGCAUGCAGGGGGGCGUGGCGGAGGCGCAGGGUGCCGCCGCUGCCGCCAACAACCUGGCUGAGCGGCAGGCCGCUGCCACCAGCGAGAGUGUGAUGUUCGUGAAGGACCUGCAGGAGCGGGUGCACGUGCUGGAGAUUGGGGCAAUCAAGAGCACCGACGAGCGGCGCGAGAUCGCCAACAAGUACGAGUCCAGCGUGGGUCAGAUCUGGGACCAGCUGCGGCACGUGGAGGGCUCGCUGGCGCAGCGGCUGACCAUGGCGGAGACCUCGCAUGUGGCGGCACUGCAGGAGGUGGACGAGGCCAAGGAGGCCACCAACGAGGUGCUGCAGCGGGUGGACGACGUGAAGCGGCAUGCGUCGGCGCUGGAGGGCAAGCUGGAGAGCUUCAACACGCAGGUCGCGGCCGCCAUCAACCCGCUCCACAACGCCCUCGCCGCCGCCACGGAGCGGCUGGAGCAGCUGGCGCUGUCCAAGCAGGACGCAGCUGCGGCCAUCAAGCAGGCGGACGUGGAGCUGGGGGUGGCGCGGGCGAUAGAGCAUGCGGACAGGCGGGGGGACAACCUGCUCAAGGCCAUCGCGGGUGUUGAGUCGCGUCUGGAGUCCCUGGCCGACUCCACCCCCAACAAGGGCGAGGUGGUGCUCACGAGCGACCUGGAGGCGCUGCUCACGGAGCACGCGCACGAACUGGACAGCCACCUGGAGGCGCUCAAGCAGGAGCUCAUGGCGGGGGUGGCGGCAAAGGUGGACCGUGAGGAGCUGGCGGGUGUUGACGGGCGGCUGGGCGGGCGGCUGGAGGGGCUGGAGGCGGCGCUGCUGAAGGGGCUGCGCGCCAUCAGCGACAAGGUGUCGGCGGCGCUGGCGGAGAAGCUGGACCUGCACAAGUUCAACGAGUUCAAACUGCAGGUCCGCGCCAUCCUGGCCGACGUGGAGGACCGCCUGCGCGACUGGUCGCCCCUCGCCUUCGGCACCAAGGCGCAGCUGGGCACCGACCCCCUCACCGCGGGAGCUCCCGGCGCCCCCACCUGCCUGUGCUGCGACUCGCGCGUGCGCACCGUGCGGGACCUGCGCGCCAUGGGCUUCCGAGAGGACGACAGGGUGUUCGUGCCGGACAGGGUGCCGCUGGCGGACCCGCUGCUGCCCAGCAUACAGGGCAACCGAGCGGCCACCCUCGGGGCGCACCUCAACGCGCGACUCAACAGCCGCAAUGCAGCCGCCGACGCGCGCAUGCGAACCACCAACAGCCUCAUAGAGACCCUGCCAGCAGCCCCGGGCGCCGUCGGCAGCCCCGGAGGCAGUCAGAACGCAGCAAACGGCGGCGGCGGUGCGGCGACGGGGGUGGCUGGCGGCGCGUCGGGCGCAGGGACGCUGGCGGCGGCGGUUGACGCGGGCACCUUUGCGUCGCUACCGCCAACGCAGACGCGGGAAGAGAAGUUGGCGUCGGCAGGUCAGGCUCGGCAAGCGUCAGCGCGGGGCAUGAAGGUUAAAGUGGAGACGAUAUCCGGGGGGAUAAUGAAGGGGCAGCUGCCGAGUCGUCAAGGCGGAGGAGGAGGGCCCGGCGGUGGCGGCGGCCCUGGCGGCGGCGGGCAUGCCGCGGGGUCGGCGGCGGUGGCGGCGAGGAAUGUACGGAGUCCGGUGGCGGCGGCGUCGACGGCGAAUGGAAUGUCGGGGCACUUGAUGGUCGUCGGCGGCGGCGCCGCCAGCCAGAACUCGCCUGCGGCGGCCGCCGCUGCCGCGGCGGCGGUGGCGGCAGCUGUAGCGGCGGCGGUGACGGGCGGCGGGCCAGGCGGCAGCGGCAGUGCUGAUGGGGGCGGGAUUCCGAAGCCCAUGUCACCUUGGCAUUCUGAAGCGCCCACGCCUGAUCAGGAAACGGGGCCGGUAGGGAUGGAGAGUCCUUGAUGGAACCAGCCUUGUGUGUGGCGCGAGUCAAUGCAGGCUGCGAGUAACAGCCGUACUUGGCAAGACGGGUGUCUUUCCCUGUUUGGAUCCAAGAUCCAGCAUUGUGAAGCCGUGUUGACUUCCGUAGAGGAGGCAGGCGGGGAGGAUUAGCAUGGCUGGUAGGAGGUUACUGCUCUCGGCCAUGUCAUGUCGGCUGCCUGAGUUCCGUCAGUCCGGACACCUAGCGGGAUGCCACCACCGUGCAGUCAUGCACAUGCGUCAGUGCUUAUGUGGCUGAGUGCUGUUGGGGGCAUUGCGAUGAUGUGGUUCGUGCGGCGAUGCCAGCGUGGGAGCCGGCGCAGCGGGUUGGGAGGCAUUGGGCGUGUGGGAACGAAAGAAGGCCAGCUGGGGUAACGAAUGGUGAUGAACGGCUUAGCAGUGUGAAAUGGGUCAAUGGAUGUGCCUGAAGUUGUGGGUGGGGUAAGGGUUCUGAAAGGCGCUGCAUGUGCUUUAUGUACGGUACCCCAAAUGGGACAACAAACGCUUGUACAGGACGACAGGAGUCCGUUUAUCCUUCCAAAGGUCCUGUUUUGGUGCUCUGUUGGGUCGCAAGGCAGGCCCAGACGUUGUCGUUUUCCUUGACACAGACCUAGAGACCGUUAACCGCGCUUGAUGCAUCUUGAGGAGAGCGAGGUUGUGGAGUUCAAUAGAGCAGCUACCUGUAGCGCCUGGGGAUCAGCGCUGCCUUUUGAACGUUGCAUUGUGAUAUUUGCAUGUCUUGAGCUGUAUUUCUGAGGUUACCCCGCACGUGGAGUGGUAGUAGUAAUGACACGUGGGAUUUGCCGUGACGCCAGAGCUCUUGGUGUCAUGGCUGUGGGUCUUGUUGGGUCCGCUGCUGCUUACGGCUCUGGUUGGUGCGUUUGCUGCAACGGAGGGGGCAGUCAUGUUACAAAGGCGAUGACCGGAUGACGCAUGUGUGCUGGACGGUGACAGUGAUGAGCAGUAGAACAAGGGAUUAGCAGUUGGACUUGCAACCUCCAUGCUGACCUCCCAUGCCGCAACACAACAAUGCGCUUGUGAGUGACCCUUUUGUGAAAUCCCCUAAUAAGUGGAAUGGGAGGUGGUUGGGAAACGACAGGUGAAGGGAUAAGACGGAAAGGGAAACCAGGAACGGAGCUUACCGCAAACAAUGGCAUGACAGCAGUGUCAGGGCGGCCAUCUGAUUGCAUCGAAGGGGGGGGCCGAUGUUUAUCGGUACUCUGCGCUUAAUGCCGGACGUUUUCACAUUGUAUAUGCAUGUGCAUGUAUGGACGGUCCACUAUCAUGGGUUCUCUGUGUAAGCUUGGAAAGGAGAUAUAUGAGAGAGCAAGAGUAGGAGUAAACCGGGGCGAACAUGCGUACUUGGGCAAGGGCUUAAUUGUGGACUGCUUUGUCUCCUGGGUUACUCGUGUGCCUAAAGCCGAGGGCCCAAAGUGACUGACUCCCUCGCGCAUCCGGACGACCAGUUGAGAUGAUUGCAAACAAUGUUUACAUGCCAGGAAUGUUUGCCCAUGUGUUUUUAAUCGCAACUAUGCUGGAAGAGGAUGGGUACGGUUGCAGUACGGUGAAAGAUCCUGCGACCAUCUCUCGCAAAGGCCAAGAUGUUUACUCCAGUUGGGGCUCUUAUUAAAGAGGUUGUGCUCUGCGAUCCACCAUCAACAUCCACUAGCAGCAGUUCCAGCUGUUGCCUCCACCCAGCGGCAAAAUGCAGAGCAAAGCGUUCACCACGACGCGUCCCCAGCGGCUGGCCACGCUUAAGGCCCAGCGCACUACCUCGAUGACGGUCCGUGCCGUUGCUGCUCCGGCUGUUCCGGCAGCCCCCGUGGCUGCUACAGCUGGUUCUGAGGACCCGCUGAUGCUGCGGGCGUUGCGUGGCGAGAAGGUCGAGCGCCCGCCGGUGUGGAUGAUGCGCCAGGCCGGCCGCUACCAGAAGGUCUACCAGGAGCUCUGCAAGAAGCACCCCACCUUCCGCGAGCGUUCGGAGCGUGUCGACCUAGCGGUUGAGAUCUCGCUGCAGCCCUGGCACGCCUUCAAGCCCGAUGGCGUUAUUCUGUUCUCCGACAUCCUCACGCCGCUGCCCGGCAUGAACAUCCCCUUCGACAUGGCGCCCAGCCCCAUCAUCCUGGAGCCCAUCAGGACCAUGCAGCAAGUCGAGAAGGUGACGCGGCUAGAUGCGGAGGCCGCCUGCCCCUUCGUGGGCGAGUCGCUGCGGCAGCUGAGGACCUACAUCGGCAACCAGGCUACCGUGUUGGGUUUCGUGGGCGCUCCCUUCACCCUCGCCACCUACAUCGUGGAGGGCGGCUCUUCCAAGAGCUUCGCAGCAAUCAAGAAGAUGGCCUUCUCCACGCCAGAGGUGCUCCACGCGCUGCUGGACAAGCUGGCUGACAACGUGGCCGACUACGUGCGCUACCAGGCCGACGCGGGCGCCCAGGUGGUUCAGAUCUUCGACAGCUGGGCCUCCGAGCUGCAGCCCCAGGACUUUGACGUCUUCUCGGGUCCCUACAUCCGCAAGGUGAUCGACAGCGUGCGGCAGACGCACCCCAACCUGCCCAUCAUCCUCUACAUCUCGGGCUCCGGCGGCCUGCUGGAGCGCAUGGCUGCCUGCCAGCCCGACAUCAUCUCACUCGACCAGUCGGUGGACUUUGCGGACGGAGUGAAGCGCUGCGGCACCACCUUUGCGUACCAGGGCAACAUGGACCCCGGCGUGCUGUUCGGCUCCAAGGACUUCAUCGAGAAGCGCGUCAUGGACACCAUUCGGGCCGCUCGUACGGCCGGCGUACGACACGUGAUGAACCUGGGCCACGGCGUGCUGCCGGGGACCCCCGAGGAGAACGUGGGCCACUACUUCCACGUGGCUCGUACGGCACAUGAGCGCAUGUAAUUUGGUGUACGAGAUGAAGAGCUGCUGAGGGUUAAGUGAAGAGAAGAGACAAAAGAGAAGACGAAGUUGGAGGGUAAGAGUGCUUGCGGGGGAGGCUAGGGCACGAAGGGGUUUUCUUGGGGAUAGAAGGAAGGCGAUUAUCGAAUCGCUGCAAGUUGCUGACACGACGGACUGCAGUGGAGUCAUACUGGCGGGCACAUUGGUGACUGUUGUUUGCGGCUUUUCUUUUUUCUCGCAUCUAUGUAACAAAGGCACAUUUAAGGUGUGACUACUGCUGUCCCUGACUUCACGGUCUUGCUGUUGACUGGUUCGUGACUGACUUGCUGUGGGCUCGGGUGCAAAUUAGCGGUUUCAGUUUACGGUAGUAACUGCUGUCUAGUUGUGCAGGGUGCGCUUUUGGACUCGUAUCAUAUACGAUAAUGGGCCACCAGCGUGGCGUCAUGUACAGGCAAUUGUGGUUACGACCCAUGGGUGUAUGUUAUAUUGCUUGCAAGGCCUGAGUAGUCCGUGUAAUAUCGUGCUGAGGA